AUGAGGCAAGUUAUUGAGCCUUCUGCCUCCAAGGCUAAGAGCAAAUUGCAAGAGCCCAUCGCAAUCGUGGGUUCUGCUUGCCGCUUCCCCGGCGGUGCAAGCAACCCAUCUAAGCUAUGGGACUUAUUGCGACAACCGCGAGAUGUCCUUCGCAAGAUACCCGAAGAUCGCUUCAGCCCUGAGGCCUUUUACCACCCCGACGGCACCCAUCAUGGAGCCAGCAAUGUUACCGAGUCUUAUCUUCUUGAAGAAGAUCCUCGUGUCUUUGACGCGGGCUUCUUUAGUAUCAAACCAGUCGAAGCACAUGCGACCGACCCGCAGCAUCGCAUUCUGCUAGAAACCGUCUAUGAGGCCCUUGAGUCGGCCGGACUUCCAAUGGAGGGAGUAGCUGGGUCUCAGACUGCGGUUUAUGUUGGUCAAAUGUGGUGCGACUACAACGAUCAUCUUCAACGGGACAUGGACAGUCUGCCGACAUAUGCGGGUGUUGGGACUGCCCGAAGUAUCUUGUCAAACCGCAUAUCACAUUUCUUUGACUGGCAUGGUCCUUCAGCAACGAUUGACACAGCCUGUUCGUCCAGUCUAGUUGCCGUCUAUAAUGCGGUGAUGACACUUCGAAACGAAGACUCCCCGAUGGCAGUUGUCGCCGGUGCUAACAUUAUUUUGACUCCCGAGCCAUACAUCGGCGAAAGCAAGCUGAAAAUGCUUUCCCACGACAGUCGAUCUCGCAUGUGGGACGAAGACGCUAAGGGAUACGCCCGUGGUGACGGCGUUGCGGCGCUCAUUCUGAAGCCCCUGUCUGCCGCCCUCGCUGAUGGUGACCAUAUUGAGAGCGUGAUCAGAGAAUGUCUAGUCAAUCAAGACGGACGAACUGCUGAGGGAAUCACAGUUCCAAGCUCAGAAGCCCAGGCCGAGUUGAUUCAGCGAACCUACGCAAAAGCAGGCCUGGAUGCUCUCAGCCCUAAUGAUCGCUGCCAAUACUUUGAGGCACACGGUACAGGCACCGGUGCUGGAGACCCUAGAGAAGCCAGGGCUAUUGCCACUGCGUUCUUCGGUAAGAGUCACCGCAGCGACAACACCGCAGACAAGUUGUACGUCGGCUCCAUCAAGACUGUUAUCGGGCACACCGAAGGCACAGCAGGCAUAGCCGGCAUCAUGAAAGCUUCGCUUGCUGUGCAACACGGUGAAAUUCCGCCAAAUCUUCUUUUCAACAAACUCAGCCCCGCAGUCGCCCCGUUCUACAAUAAUCUCGAGAUCCCCGUCACGCCUCAAACAUGGCCAUCUCUUCCACCAGGUGUCCCUCGUCGAGCAAGCAUCAACAGCUUUGGCUUUGGAGGCACUAACGCCCAUGUCAUCCUUGAGAGUUUCGACCAGAGCUUGCAACUCCCAUUUGAGUUGAAGGAGAACGAAAACUCUCGGCAAAAUCUGCUCUCGCCUUUCGUAUUUUCCGCCUCGUCGGAGAAGUCAUUGAAGAAUCUGAUUCAGCAUUACGUUUCAUAUCUCGAAGAGAAUCCGACGACAAACCUUUCAGACUUAUCGUAUACCCUGUCCCGUCGAUCUGCCUUGUCUUGCAGAAUCUCAUUUCCUGCACAAUCAGUCGAGGACUUGCUGGACAGAUUGAAUGAGUGGCUCAAAAAGAUGAGGUCAAGUCCUGAUGUAUCUCACAGUACUCGCUUCUCGGGCAGCCCAGGCCAAGCUCGUGUAUUGGGAGUUUUCACAGGCCAAGGCGCGCAAUGGGCCACCAUGGGAAAACAGUUGAUCACAAAUUUCCCGCAGGUUCGGUCUAUUCUCACUGAUAUGGACCGCUCUUUGGGGGCCCUACCGCAUGAUCAUCGCCCGCAGUGGUCACUUGUGGACGAGCUUCUGGCUGAUACCACACGCUCAAGAGUUCAUCUGGCCGCCUUCUCUCAGCCCCUGUGCACUGCUGUGCAAGUCGUCUUGGUCGACCUUUUACGAGCGUCGGGCGUUGACUUCAGUGCUGUCGUCGGCCAUUCUUCAGGAGAAAUAGCCGCGGCUUACGCUGCUGGCUUCAUCACCGCCAGCAGUGCCAUCAUAAUCGCCUACUACCGCGGAAGGGCCACUGCACUCGCCGGCCAGAAUAAGUCUCAAAAGGGCGCGAUGAUGGCCAUUGGCACAUCUCUGGAGGACGCGGAAGAGCUCUGCGUCGUUGAUACUCUAGAAGGACGCAUUUCGAUUGCAGCAGUCAACUCCCCUUCAAGCAUUACACUCUCCGGAGAUGCCGAUGCAAUCGAGGAGGCACGUCUCAUCCUUGAAGACGAGGGCAAAUUUGCAAGAAUCCUCAAGGUCGACAAGGCAUAUCAUUCCGAGCACAUGCUUCCUUGUGUGGACUCAUACCUUCGCGCGAUGACGGAAUGUGACGUGAGCCCUCGGCGGAACACGGAUCAGACUUGCGCUUGGUUUUCCAGUGUUCAUGCUGGUACCCGAAUGCAACCAUCAGAUCCGGACCUGACUGGGAAAUACUGGUGCGACAACAUGGCCAAGCCAGUCCUUUUUUCGAACGCUGCAACGACUGCGUGGGAGCAACACGGCCCCUUCGACGCAGUUGUCGAAGUCGGUGCUCACCCGGCCCUCAAGGGCCCCUUCUUGCAAACCCUUCAAGAGCUGAACCCGAAGGCAUCCAGCUUGCCCUACACAGGCAUGCUGUUGAGGAACCAAGAUGAUGUUUCAUCAUUUACUCAAGGCGUCGGGGCUCUAUGGCAAAACCUUGGCCACGGAUCUCUGGAUUUUGCUGCUCUCGAUCGACGGAUUGCGCCGAACAAAGCGUCCCCUCGACUUUUGAAGACCCUUCCUUCCUAUACGUGGGAUCACGACCGCGUCUACUGGCAUGAGUCUCGACUGAGCAAAGCGUAUCGGACGCGAAAGUCUCGUCCUCAUGCCCUACUUGGCACGGUUACAUCUGAUGGACUGGAGACGGAGAUGCGAUGGCGCAAUCUUUUGAGAGUCUCCGAGCUACCGUGGGUCAAAGGCCACACUCUUCAGGGCCAAGUUGUCUUCCCAGCUGCUGGUUACAUUGUCACCGCCAUGGAGGCUGUGAUGGCUGCAGCAGGUGAUCGCAGCCCUCGUCUUGUUGCCGUCAACAAUGUUGUUAUCAGUAGAGCCCUGACUCUUGAGGACGACGUCGACGUAGAGACUUUGGUGUCCCUUUCGAAAAUUCGUCACGAGGAUCCUGAUGUCAUGAGCGCCGAGUUUCAGUAUCACGCAUUGCUUCGCCGAGACGCUCCCAAUUUGACAUUGCUUGCGACAGCUUCAGUCGAGCUAACGCUGGAACCUGCUAAGGACUCUGACCCAGGUCCCAUGGAUCGUCUUCCCUUGCGAUCUGGUGGAGAUCAACCGAACCUACUCGAAGUCGUUACUGAUGACUUUUACGACUUCCUGGAGGAAGUUGGUUAUGGCUAUACUGGUCCGUUCCGCGCUCUUAAGUCGAUGCAGCGCAAGCUUGAUUACGGAACAGGGAGACUCCAAAUUCCCAAUGAGGACUGGAAUGGGACGCCAGUACUGAUACAUCCGGCCUUCCUUGAUGCAUCAUUCCAGGCGAUAUUCCUCGCCAUGGGUUGGCCUCGAGAUGCCGGGCUUGUUGAGGUCUUCGUUCCAACUGAGUUCCAGAGCAUCAAAGUGGAUGUGGCCAACUGGAAGGCCAUGAUGUCUCGGCCAGAUUUAGCAGACGAGAUGGUCUUCGAUUCAAGAUUGCGACAACUGCCGGAGUCAAUCACAGGAGACGUGGAGGUCUUCUCGCCCCCGCGCGAUCCUGACAGUGUUGAUGAUGUCGCCACGUUGAUUCAAGUGGAAAACAUCAAAGUCGUUCCAUUUUCUCCCGACAGCGCCGCCUCCAACCGACAACUCUACUCCAAGACCGUGUACUACCCCAUCACGGUUGACGGUAUUGAAGCAUCCGGAGGUCGGCUCCCCACUGACCAGGAGCUCGAUAUGGCUUGGGAUCUUGAGCGUGUCGGUAUCUACUUUUUGCGUGCCAUCGAGGAAGAGUUUGCAGAUCCCGAGUCGAGGAGCAACAUCGCCGUGCAUCACCAGUAUUUCUUCGACUUUAGCCAUGACAUUCUUUCCCGCGUUUCCCAGGGUAGCAUGCCAUAUGCCAAGAAGGACUGGUUAAAUGAUACCUGGAGCGAUGUUGCUCCCAUCUUUCACAGAUAUCCCGACAGUCUGGACCUCCAACUAAUGCAAAAGGUCGGAACCAACAUGGCUGCGUCGAUUCGAGGCGAAGCCAAUAUGGUGGAGAUUCUUUUCAAGGAUGACUUCAUGGACAGAUUCUACGCUGGAGCAUUGGGUCUCGACCUCACCAUGGACUGGCUUGGGCGCAUAGCCUUACAACUCUCCCGAAGAUAUCCCCACAUGAAGAUGCUUGAGCUCGGCGCUGGCACUGGUGGCGCUACCAAGAGUAUCUUCAAACACAUUGGCAGCCAGUUCUCUUCAUACACCUUCACCGAUAUUUCAGCUGGGUUCUUCUCAACAGCCAUGAACGUCUUCAAGUCUCCCAAGAUGAUCUUCAAGAUCCUGGAUGCCGAGCGGGAUGUCGUUGAGCAGGGGUUCCAGGAGGGUUCCUACGAUCUGGUCAUUGCCUCAAACGUCUUGCACGCCACCGCUAAGCUCGACGACACGCUUCGGAAUGCGAGACGACUCCUCAAGCCAGGAGGCUAUCUCCUGAUUGCCGAAGUGACUUGUGCUGAUGUGGUCCGAGUACGAUUCCCAUUUUCAGCCCUUCCAGGCUGGUUCAGGGGACAUGACGAUGGUCGACCGCUGACGGCGACAAUCGACACCACAGAGUGGCAUCAACGACUGUCUCGCACGGGGUUCUCCGGCGUCGACGCAGUUACACCGGAGUUCGAACCACUGGCCUGGCCGUCACUCAUCAUUCUGUCUCAAGCCGUGGAUGAAAGAAUCAAUCUUCUUCGAGAGCCUCUUUAUCACCAGCCAUUGGAGGUACUUACCUCCGAUGCCAACAGUGCGGAGAAGUCCCAAAAGCUUGUUCUUGUCGGAGGCCAAACAAUGCAAUCUUGUAGCCUGAUAGGACAACUAAGCCGCAUCCUGGCUCCGUGGUUUGCCGGCGCUAGCAUUAUUCGUGUCCGCUCACUCCUGGACCUCAGCAAACUCGAGUCUCUCGGGCCAAAUUGUUGCGUCAUUAAUCUCGCCGACCUAGACACUCCAGUCAUGAGUGAUCUCUCGGAUGAGUCUUUCGCGGGACUCAAGAAGCUGGUGGAACGACCCCAGUGCCUUCUGUGGAUCACAAGCGGGUGCCAAGAACAGUCACCUGAGAUGAAUAUGAGUAUCGGCCUAGGUCGUGUGCUUAUCCAUGAGAUGCCUGGUCUUCGGCUCCAAUUUCUGGAUUUGGAUUCUCCCUACUCAUCUCAAGCACCUCGAGUUAUCGCUGAAACCUUUUUACGCUGGAAGACUCUUGCAGAGAUCGAGCAAGAUGACGAUUCAUCGCAAGCGCUCUUGUGGGCUCGUGAGCACGAGCUUGUGCUGGAGAACGAAAUGCUCAAGGUGCCUCGCAUCGCCUACGACGCCGCUAUGAAUCUGAGAUACACUGCUUCCCGAAAAUUGGUUACGGAGCCUACGAAGUUCCAAACUACUCCGGUACAUCUACGCUGUUCCGGCACGUCCUGGAAGUUCCACAAGCAUGCCACGGUUGGCUCCUCGGUCGAAGCUGAUGACUGGCUGAAAGUGACUGCAUCAUCAGCCACACCCUCCUACGGGGGGCUCUACGCUGUCCUCGCUAGUCCUACCGGUGACAAUACUCCGCAUGUGGCAUUAUCAAACGUGAAUGGCUCUCUGCUUUCGCCUCAAGAUCUCGCAGCUGAUCUUUCCGUUGACGCUGAUGUGGAGAACCCGAAUCAGUUUCUAUCAUCACUCGUUUGCGAACUUCAAGCAGCCAGCAUCUUGGAUGCUGUUCCACACAAGUCCUCGGUCAUGCUCUAUGAGGCAGAUGAGGCGCUUGCUGCUUCCGUUCUCUCGAAGGCUUCAGAGAAGGAACUGAGAGUCACUUUUGCCUCGACCUCAGUCAGUUCAGGCAAUCUGAAAAAGCCGGAGAACGCCUCUUGGGUCAACAUCGAGCCACACUCUUCGCUCCGAAUGAUUCGUUCUCAGCUGCCACCAACGGUGGAUAUUAUCGUGAACUGCGUUGAAGCUCGCAACACUACGCUGCCUGCGACCCUUCUCAGCGCUCUUCCCCAGCGAUGCUCGAAGCUGGCCCUGCUCGAUCUUGUUCAUCAGAGACCUACGCAUUCCUUCAACCCCCUCGACAUCCUGACGAUUGCCCUCAAUCGCGUGUCUGGCAGAGUCAUGAAGGGGGCGUCUACGAAAGCAAAGUCUCUACAGAACCUUGACCUUUCCGAAGAUCUGGACAUCGGGCUCUCUGUUGUCAUUGACUGGAGCUCGGACAGUGGUUCAGUUGUACCAGCGGUCGUACCGCCUGUGGGCAAUUAUCUCUCUUUCAAGCCCAACCGCACUUAUGUGCUCUUUGGACUGACAAGCGAUCUCGGUCAAUCACUCUGCGAUUGGAUGAUUAAUCAUGGGGCACGCCAUCUUGUAAUGACCAGCCGUAGCCCCAAUGUUGGCUCGAACUGGUUACGCACUAAAGAGCAGGCCGGAGUCAAGAUUAGAAUCUUUGCCAAUGACAUCACUGAUGAAGCUGCUCUGCGUGGCGUAGUCGAAGACAUCCGGACUAGUAUGCCUCCAAUUGCUGGCAUCGCCAACGGAGCCAUGGUACUUCGCGACAAGCUGUUCAUGGACAUGCCUCUCGAUAUGAUGACGCAAACCCUACACACCAAGGUCAAAGGUAGCAUCUACUUGGACUCGAUCUUCGGGGAGAAUUCCGAGUUCAACCUAGAUUUUUUCGUCUUCUUUUCCUCAAUCGCUGCCGUCACUGGAAAUCGAGCGCAGUCCAACUACAGUGCCGCCAACAUGUUCAUGACCGCCCUGGCCAACAACAGGCGGGCGCGGGGUCUCCCAGCGUCUGUCAUGCACAUCGGCGCAAUCAUGGGCGUAGGAUACAUGGCUCGCAACCUCACACGCGCUAUUCUCGACAAUCUCUGGAGCGCCGGUGCCACUUGGAUCUCAGAGAAGGACUUCCACAAUUGUUUUGCCGAGGCUGUGCUUGCAAGCAAACCAGACAACGGUGUGAAUGGCGACUCUGAGUUCAUAGUUGGCUUGCGUCAGCUUGUACACGGAAAGGACAAUCCGGAUAAGGUCCUAGUGAUGGAAGAUCCUCGUUUCAGCCACCUGGUCACCAAGGAGAUCUCUUCAGAAGACGACUCAUCUCAGGAUGCGGGGGCGAGGAAGUCUACCUCAGUCAAACACCUGCUCAAGAGCGCCAAGACACCAAAGUCUGUGGAAAGAAUCGUCCGUCAGGGCUUUGUCGCAAAGCUAGUCGCCACUCUUCAGUUGGACAACCAAAUUCCUGAGGCCGAGAUUCUUGGCUCGAGAGCCGAUGAGCUUGGUGUUGACUCUCUGGUCUCAGUCGACUUCCGCACUUGGUUCUCUAGCGAGAUGUCAGUGGAGAUGCCCGUUCUCAAGCUUCUGGGUGGCUCUACGGUUCAAGAGUUGAUUACAUUUUCGCUGGAGAAACUCCCAGCUGCCUUGACACCGAGUCUCGGAGAUGACAAUGCAGACGAGCCCGAAGAAGAGGAAACACCCCAGCCGACACGCGAUGUUUCUGGCCCUUCCAAGCCUAUGCAAGUCAUGGAGACUCAUGGCGCCGUGGAACGAGCCACCAAGCAGCAAGCUGCGCCAGUUCCACUUCUUGAGAUGCCCAAGAUCCCAGACGAUAUUGAGACAAGCAAACCAUUCAUGCCAACCGGUAGCUCCUCAAGAUCUUCGCCGUCGUUAUUGGAUGACGCAUUCAGCGAUAGUGAAGAAGACGGCGUGGUAUGUCUCUCAAGCUCGGCAGGGUCAGCAUCUCCUGAGCUUGUCACCCCCAGCAAGUUGCAUUUCAGUCAGGUGGAUCGUGAGAUUCCCAUGUCCGCCGGGCAAUCUCGUUUCUGGUUCCUCAAGCAUUUCGUCACGGACAAGUCAGCUUUCAACAUCACUUUCUGGGCUCAGCUGAGAGGAAAUAUCAGAGUCGACGCACUUUCCAAGGCUGUUGACACGGUGGCCCAGGCCCAUGAGGCCCUCCGCACCUCGUUCACCACCGGUAGAGAUGGAACCCCUACUCAGUGCAUCAGGGCAAAGGCGCUGUUGAAGCUCGAGCACAAAUUUGUUCGCGAUGAGAGCGACGCAAGACUUCUGUUCGAUGAGCUCAAGUCCCAUGAGUACGAUAUCGAGGCAGGAGACUUGAUGCGUUUCAAUCUCCUGACCCUUUCGGAACAAGUUCACUUCCUUGUCAUCGGGUAUCAUCACAUCAAUAUGGACGGCAUCAGUCUCGAGGUCUUGCUUGGCGACAUUGAGAAGGUUUACUUCGGGCAUCCGCUGUCGCCGCCAGUUCAGUACUCCGAGUACUGCUGCAAGCAAAGUCAAGACCUUCACUCGAACGCUUUCGCCGAUGAGAAGAGAUUUUGGGCAAAAGAGCUGACCAAUCCUGCACCGACUGUUCUUCCUCUGCUUCCAUUCGCCAAGUCGACACAGAGGAAGCAACUUGAAAAGUACUCCCAUAACCAAGCUCAAGGUCAGAUCGACAUUGCUGUGACUAGGGCCAUCAAGGCCGCUUGCCGUCGUACGAAGACUAGCAUGUUCCACUUCCUACUGGCCACCUAUGCUGUUCUGCUGCAUCGUCUUCUGGAAGUUGAAGACUUCUGCAUCGGCAUGGCUGAUGCUGGUCGAGAGAUGGGCACAUUCGCUCAGAGCAUCGGCAUGUAUCUGAACCUGCUUCCUUUGCGAUUCGCCAUGAGCAGCGGCCAGCGAUUCAAGGAGGUGUUGGAGAGCUCCAGGCGCAAGGCGCAAGCAGCGGUGGCUCACGGGCGACUACCUUUCGACAUGAUUCUCCAGGAAGCAGCCGUCGAGCGCUCUGAUACCUACAACCCAUUGUUCCAAGCCUUCCUCAAUUACCGACCUGGUGUUAGUCAAAAUCGCACCUUCUGCGGAUGCCAAGGUCAAGGUGAGGACUGGGUCAGUGGGACAACAUCCUACGACAUCAUGCUGGACGUCAUUGAGAACCCAGACAGUGAUACCCUGCUUCGGUUCGACGUUCAAGGUUCACUCUACACCAAGGAAGAAGCCCAGACGUUGAUGGACACCUUCGUGACCCUCCUGGAAAGCUUUGCCAACAACACGGACGUUCUUAUUGACGAGCCACCCUUGUUCAACCAGGGGGAGGCUCAGAGAGCACUAACACUUGGAAGGGGCCCUGAGCAUAUCUCCGUGUGGCCAGAGACUGUCCUCCAUCGCAUCGAUAGGAUUGCCCGUCAGCAGCCUAACUCGCUCGCCAUCAUCAACGGUUUCGCGUCCUCGCUCACUUAUUGUGGACUUAAGAGACGUGUUCAGGCCAUCGCCCAAGCUCUCCAUCAGAGUGUCGGAGGACAGCGAGAGGGACUCAUUGGCGUAUUCUGCGAGCCUUCCGUUGAUGCUGUCUGCGCACUGCUCGGUGCCAUGUGGGCCGGAUUCGCAUAUGUUCCUCUUGAUCCUACCCUGCCCGCCGAACGCCUUGCUGCUUUGGUCAAGACAUCCCAGCCGCUUCUCAUCCUCACCCACGACGAGACCAUCCAUCGUAUUGCAGAUCUGGGACCAACAGCUGAAUACAUCGCUCACCUCAACGUCUCUCAUCAGCAACCCGCCAGCUUGAGUUCCAUUCCCAUUUCUGCCAAGCCUCAAGAACCCAUGGCUGUGCAUUUCACAAGUGGGACCACGGGUACUCCCAAGGGCGUAGUCCUCUGUCACGGUACGGUCGUGAAUGUCGUCGAGGCAUGCGCCGACAUCUAUCGGACAGCGUCCAACGUGGUUCUCCAACAGACAGCACUCAACUUCGACAUGGCCCUCUGGCAGAUCCUGGUUACCCUUUGCUCAGGCGGCAAGCUUGUCAUCGUCCCACAGGAGAAGAGACUCGAUAUGACGGCUAUAGCUCGCCUCAUCCGCCAGGAAGAAGUCACUCUCACUAUUGCCACGCCAUCUGAAUACUCCGCAUGGCUCAUGUACGGAUCGGAGGAUCUUCAGCACAACAGACACUGGCAGAUUGCCGUCAUUGGUGGGGAGCAAUAUUCACCUUCAGUGGACAGUGGGUUGAGAAACCUACAGCUUCCUCGACUGCGGCUGAUGAACUUCUACGGACCUUCGGAAGUCAGCUUUGUCUCUCAUUACGUGGAAGUCUUCCCAGGGAUGGCUUGCGGCGACGACCCAGUUCCCGUGGGCUUCCCUCUCCACAACUAUGCCGCUUACAUCUUGGAUGCCGCACAACGUCCUGUUGCCCUGGGAAUGACCGGAGAGGUCUAUAUCGCUGGCGCCGGUGUCAGCAAAGGCUAUCUCGACAACCCCAGCUUAACUGAGCAGAAGUUUGUUGACGAUCCUUUCGUGCAUUCCGAUCUCGCAAAGUCUCAGAGCUGGACCCGCAUGUACAAGACUGGCGACAAGGGGAAGAUCAACGAGGAUGGCACGCUGUCCAUCUUGGGGCGUAUCGAAGGCGACGCACAACACAAAAUCAGAGGCGUCCGAAUGGAACUCGAGGAAAUUGAGAGAGCCAUCUUGAACAACUCGGACGGUCUUCUCGAUCAAGUCGUCGUGUCUCCCCGUGGGGAGGGCGAGAGCAAAUAUCUCGUCGCUCAUGCACUGCUGAGUGCUCGGGGGCGUCACAACAUCAACCGCGACGAGCAACUGAGGGACAUUUUGCAAAACAUUACAAACCUCCCCAGAGUCAUGCGACCAGCCACAAUCGUCCCUGUGACUAACUUGCCUCUGACGAUUCACCGCAAGGUAGAUCGAAGAGCUGCGGCAAGAUUACCUGUGAACACGCCGCAGCUUCAACAGGCUUCCCCCGUCAGCCAGCAUGAAAUACCGCUCACCAUUGAGCAGCAUGAGAUGUUGCGCCUAUGGAGCCGCGUUCUAGGGCGCUGUCCGGUCGAUCUUUCCGGUCCUGCUUCUGCAAUCGACUUCUUCAAUCUUGGUGGCACCUCUCUUCAGCUCGUCGGCGUGCAAGCCGCCAUUCAGGCCCAGUUUGAUGUUUCUGUCCCAGUGGUCGAACUGUUCAAGAAGAGCAGCCUGGGAGCAAUGACAGCUCUUGUCGCCACUGAAAUUGAAUCAGUCAGUGAUGACGAGAGUGACGUUGAUUGGGAAUCUGAGACGGCCCUACCCGACCUUUCGACGGUCUCCGAGGAUCUUCUCUCACAACAUCCAACAGUACCCGUUCGACAGCCACCCCGCGUGGUCGCUCUCACUGGCGCGACAGGCUUCGUCGGACAAGCUAUUUUGCGUUCCCUCUUGGCCACACCCUCCAUUGACAAGAUCCACUGUCUCGCCGUGAGAGACACAACCCGCCUUGGCGAGAUGAGCAGCGAUCGAAAGGUAGUUGUCCACCAGGGCGACCUCCGAGACGCGUCUCUUUCACUCGAUGACAGGACGAAAGAAAUUCUGGCGCGAACCGUCGAUCUCAUCAUCCACAACGGCGCUGAUGUGUCCUUCUUGAAACCUUACGCAGCUCUUCGGGCACCCAACGUCUCCAGCACUAAGUUCCUGGCAACGAAAAUAGCGGCGCCUCGACGGAUUCCGAUUAUAUACAUCUCCUCAGCCGUGGUGGGGCGCCUCGCUCCAGAGUUGGACGCUUUCGCGCCGGUCCCAAUGUCCCACCGCCCUCCUCCCCCAGGAUAUCGUGACGCCUACGGAGCUUCAAAGUGGGCAAGCGAAGCCGUUCUUGAGAACGCGAAUCGCGAUCUCGGUAUCCCGGUGACGAUCCGCCGUCUCUCAAGCGUGACCGGCGCCGGCAUCCCGGAGUCCGACAUCAUGGGCAACCUUGUUGCUUACUCUGAGAAGCUGGCGGCUGUACCUGUGACCCAGAAGUGGAAGGGUGUCCUGGACUUCGUGUCAGUCGACCGCGUUGCUCAAGCUGUUGUUGCGGAUGCUAUGCGCCGAAGUCGUGCGGACGAGGUCCGAUAUCGCCACGACUGCUCUGAUGAAGUAGUGUCGCUAGAUGCAGAUGGUAUCAGCGGUUUCAUCAGUCAAAGGCUAUAUGGCAAGCCUGUCAAGGUUUUGCUAAUGACGGAAUGGAUUGGCAAAGCCAAGAGUGUCGGAUUGAGCGAUUUGGUAUGCACAUUUUUGGAGCAGGCUGAGAAGGAGUCAGGUAUUAUCACAUUUCAGAAAUUGCUGAAGUAG